AUGUCAGCUGAACUUAGAUUUGACGGGAAAGUCGCCAUUGUUACAGGUGCUGGAGCCGGACUCGGCAGAGCCUAUGCUCAUCUUUUAGCCAAGAGAGGAGCCAAGGUUGUAGUCAAUGACUUAGGUGGAUCAGUCUCAGGAGAAGUCAAGGGAACAUCUACUGCCAGACCUGCAGAUGUGGUAGUCGAAGAGAUCAAGAAGCUCGGAGGCACCGCAGUCGCCAACUACGACUCAGUAGAGAACGGAGACAAGAUCGUCAAGACUGCUGUUGAUGCUUUUGGCACAGUUGAUAUCGUGAUUAACAAUGCAGGUAUCUUAAGAGACAUCUCUAUGCAGAAGAUGACUGAUAAUGAUUGGGACCUCAUCAUGAAGGUUCAUCUCAAGGGUUCCUACGCCGUCGCCAGAGCUGCCUGGAACAUUAUGAGAGAGAAGGGAUACGGUAGAAUCAUUAACACUUCAAGUUCUGCUGGUAUCUUCGGGUCCUUCGGUCAAGCUAACUACGCCGCUGCCAAGCUUGGUCUUCAUGGAUUUACCCAAUCACUUGCCAAAGAAGGUGAAAAGAGAAAUAUCAAGUGCAACACUAUCGCUCCACUUGCUGGAACCAGAAUGACUGAGACUGUCAUGCCAAAGGAACUUGUUGAGGCUCUUAGACCAGAAUACGUUGCUCCACUCGUUGCCUUCUUGGUUCAUGACACUUGCCCUGAGAAUGGAUCUCUAUUCGAAGUAGGUGCAGGCUAUAUCUGUAAAGAUAGAUUCCAAAGAUCUGAAGGUGUUCUCUUUACCCCUCAAGAUUUGACUGUUGAGAAUGUCUCCAAGAACUGGUCCAAGAUUGUAGACUUCACCAAUGGAACCAUCCCAACCAGCAACUAAGACAUGAUGGAGAAAGUCAUGAAGAAUAUUGAGGCUGCUGCUUCCCAAAAAGGCAAAGAAGCCCCCAAGCAAGAGGCCCCAAAUCCUGCCCCAGUUCAACAAGCUCCAGCAACUACAGCUCCAGCUGCCUCAACUGGAGGACUUAAACCAGAUGAAAUCUUCGGCAUGAUGAAGACCUUCCUAGACUAAGGUCUCGGAAAGCCACUCAUUCCCAAGGUUGCUGCCGUCUUUGCCUUUGAAAUUACCAAGACAAAGGGAGGCAAGGUUGAAGCAAUUUAUGAGAUCGACCUCAAAAACGGACAAGGAGACGUUAAAAAGGGUAAACCAGCAUCAGCUGAUGCUACCUUCACCAUGACUGAAGAAGACUUCGAAGGUGUCUGCCUUGGAAAGCUCAACCCACAAAUGGCAUUCAUGCAAGGAAAGAUGAAGAUCAAGGGCAACAUGGCUAAGGCCACCAAAUUUACCCCAGAGCUCUUCCCACCUCCAACUGCUGAGAAUCUAUCAAAAUUCAAGAGUGCCAAGCUUUGA